AUGGCAAAACGGAGGCCCGGCGGCUACAAGGAGGGGCGAGACCGCCGCACCGCCACGAUGAGUCAGCAGACGCCUUCGUACCGAGUUAUCAGUAUUGCGGUUCAAUUCUCCUCUACAAUUCUACUUUCUGAUCUGAAGGAAGGGUCACUAGUAGGAUUUCCGAGUUAUUCUCAAAGGAACCUGACAAUGCCAAAAGACCAAGACGAUUCUUUAGGUGGAUGGACCCGUCCACCGCACGACUUCUCGCUGUUUGGAGAGUUGUAUUCCGAAUAUACUGCUGAGCCGGACUCAAAUGGAGUGAGUGAUACUGAGAGCAAGAGGCAUGCAAUGCUGCCGUAUACGGAGGCUGCAAAUCGAACAGCUACCCGAAACUACAAAGGUCCCGCGUUAGUAUAUAGCUCUAGAGUCGCCUGCAUGCCGCCGACAAUUGUCGCCGAGAUCUCGACUGAGCUCGAGGAAGCCACCGGUAACAUACACGGGUACAUGAUAGGCCGAGGGCAAAUUUCCAGCACCUUGAGUAGAGCUGAUCUGGCAACCAGUAUCCCAUGCUAUGGAGGUCAAUGCCUAGCCGAGAUUCCUUUUAACUAUGCCCUUCCAACGCUUGGGAAAAAGCAAAGCUUGGCCAGUUCAUAUUGCACGCCGCAAGAAACCGACGUGUCCGUUUGGACCUCUUCGUGGAAGGUUGGUAUGCGAGAUUGGAUAACAACCGCUAGUGUAUUUCUCGUAUUCAGUUCAAACAUGCACAGUGAGCAAUGGGAGUUAUCGAAUUCAAGCUCGCUUACCCUACCAUUACUCGCUAUUGAGGAAGAAUAG